AGUCCGAUAGCUAUAUGUAUCCGGCACGCAGCAUUUGGUCUGCUAAGGAUGGAGGAGGCCAGAACAUUAAUACUACUAUUCAUUCAAGAAAAGCCCGAGAAUUAUAUUUGUGAAAUCGAUUGGAAAAUAUUGGCCUCUAAAGAAAUGCGAACAAGCAUCUUCGAGAUAGAUGGUAUUGCGGAGGUACUCGGCCUCGAUCACCCCCUUUUUAGAGCUCUAAUGAGAAGGGAUAAAGCUAUGCUAGAACGCACUCUUCAGACAACAUUGCUAUCGCCAGAUUCCUUAGUUUGCAACGGAAUAUUUGCGGUCCACAUCGCAGUUUUUUGGCCACGGGGCUUAAAGAUUCUCCUUGAUAUUUGGCCAAAAACUAAUCUGAAUAUUAUAUGCAACGAACUCACACCCUUGGGAUUGGCAAUGUUUGCAAGCGGCGGUAUCUGCCAAGGAAAUCUUAUCCAAGUAUGCGAAAAUUGCCCCUGCGCCGAAUCGAUUGAAAUCCUAUUAGACUCUCGUUGUCACGUCACCGAAAGCAUCAAUAAAUUAAGAAGUUUAAUUCCGACACGAGUUCACAUCUCAUAUAGGGCUUUAUUCACAUUUUAAGCCAUAUAAAACAGUGGCGAGAGAAGUUGAUGCGACUAGCACAAGAUAACCUCGACGAAGCCGAACAAAGACAAGUUGGGCUUUGCUGCUCUCCAGUCCUAGAUUACGCAGCGCCCAAAGUCAUUCAAAGCCUUGAGGCUAAAGGUAUUUCCCCAUUCAGCGAUUUACAACUGAAUCCAGACGACUACCGCCUUUCUCAUUCGUCGUAUUCGAUAUAUCAUUGGAUAAACCAGGUUUAUGAAGCCGAGAUUGCCUUUGAGCUAGGAUUUCAGGAUACCGACGUUUUCUAUAGAGGAAUAACCCCAAUCAUGCGUAAGAACGUUCCUCUUGAAUACUGCGAAUGGCUUCUUGCACAUGGGGCGAGUAUCACUAAUAUGGUACCUUUGAUUGGCCAAAUCCAUCCCUCAGGCGAUCCCGUAACCCUCUUACAGACAUGCCCUAAAAUAGCAGUUGCUCAUUACCUCAUGUACAUCGCUGGCUCAGCUUGGUGUACGCCCCCUUACGAUGAGAUUCGUGGGACCGUAAUACGUCUUGUUAACAGAAUCGGUAGCUUCCAAGCAGAUCAUGUCUGCCAAUGUGGUUGCACUGAUAAGGAGCAAGGAUGUAGUGCUCUAUCCAUUUUCCUCCGGACAGUUUUAUCAGAUCUAGAUGGAAUGAUGGAAAUACUGCUUCAACCAAGUCUGAUAGAGGAGCUUAAAAAUAGUGCCGUGCAGGGGUCUUCUUUUGCGAACAUAACGAUACGACUACUUGCGUUUAAAAUCCUGGAAAUCAGGCACACAUGCUGCGACAAAAUACUUAGCUAUUGUCUAAAGACGCGGGGUUCCCCUCUUCGGAGCGUGCUGGAAUCCCAUAUCGAAGACUUCCCUUACAUUCGCGCCGAAGACGAACUUCUCUUGGAAGAGUUAGAAGAACUAGUGGCAGAGUUUCAGAGCCAAUUUUAUCGGGAAGAGCAGUCUCUUUCAAGCUUUAUCGAAAGCUACUUGGCAAAGCGCAUGGUAUAGAUCAGAAUGAAAAAGGAAACUGAACUAUUGACGAAGCAAGAAAGAGAUGCCGCUGCAGAAUUAGGUAUACGACUUAGCGAUGGAAAUGAGGAGGGAACUUAAAUAUCAAUACGUAAACCUGAAGAAUCGUCUGAAGAGUUGUAUUAUUCAUCCCGCAUCGUGAGAGUGAGUGACGCAGGGCGGACAUUGACAUAGGGGUACCC